AAACUUUACUGAAAGGUAGAUGCGUUUAGGGUUGUGAUUUGCCAUCUCGAAUUUGAUUUUGUGACUCCCUCUCUGGACCGGAAAAAUGUAUGCAGCUAUUACGCUCUUCGUCUUCAUGUGCUUGGCUGCCACCACCCAUGCAGAUCACCAUCAGCCUUGCCAUGCACCCAAUAUGACAGGAUUCAUGUCCGUGCUAGCGCUUAAGGGUGAGCUGAAAGCAUACGGGGCAUUCACUUACGAUUCAAUGGGCAAGAAACUACGGUUCAGAUCAAACGAGAGCCACCCCGUGAACACAUCAAUGGGUUUGGAUCUGCUGAUGUUUUUCGAUGAGGGAAUCUUCUACGAGAUUGACAGCAAAAACCAGAGCUGUGAGAAAAAAACAUUGCAAUGCAGCCAGCACCCUCUCGAUAUCCCGGAUGAUGCAACAUUUAUGUCUACAGCAAACGGUGGCAGUCCAUCCAUCGAAGGGGAGGGAUUAAAAGUCAAUGUAUGGACAGGAUCAAUGGCAGACCUGAAAGGCCAUUACUCCAUGUCUGUAACCAUGGGAUGUCUGCCUGUGUGGACGUUCUACUUCCAUGAGUCUUCUUCAUUCUUUGUCAGUCUCACGGAGGUUGAACUCGAGAUCAAGGAUCCUGACCUGCUCGUGGUGCCCUCCUUUUGUCUGGCCCAGCCUCUGGAGGAGACACCUGAAGGGACAGUCAAUAGCUUCCUCAAUGAGUUCAUGUAGAUGAAACCUCGCCAGCAGAAAACCAAACCCCUAUCCAAGUGUGGCCAGAACUUUAGACUUUUCUCUGCUUUUCAUGUGUGACUCGAAUUUUUCUUGUGACACUGCACUACAUCACGUCUGUUUCCAUCACAUCUUCCACUCCCCUGUAUGGCUUUGAAUGGAUCAUCAUGUAUACAUACACUUUGAUGUAAAAGAAAGAGAUAUGUCAUGGAUUAUAGAAUUAGUUAUAAUUACUAACAGUUUGGUGGCUUUUCAAGUUGGUACUGCUUACAAAACCUGUAAGAUAUGAUUAAUGGAAAAAUAAAAUGUCAAAGCUGUCAA